AUGGUGUCGUCCUCUUCGAAUGAGGGAGAGACGACGAAGCCCCGGCGCUCCGCCACGACUCGCCUGGUCGCUUGGCUUCCAGUCGUCAUGGUAGUGGCGCUCUUCAUCUGGGCCUACUACGUCUACAUCUUCAUUUUCUGCGGCUCCCUGGUCAAGGACGACUUGCAGCGUGUGGUGUUCGGCGGCGUGUUUCACCUGCUCCUGCUGCUGUGCUUCUGGUCGUUCGUGCAGACUACCGUGACCAGCGUGGCGCCCAUACCGCGCUACUUCGCGCUCAGCGACACCGACGAGCGGCUUAUGGACCAGUGCGCUGACGAGGAGGCACGCUACGAGUUCCUCGAGAUCCUGGCCGACAGCAGAGGAGUGCUGACGCGAGGCCCCAAUGGGUUGGUGCGCUUCUGUGAAACCUGUAAGCAAGUCAAGCCCGACCGUGCCCAUCACUGUUCCCAGUGCAAAAGGUGCAUACCAAAGAUGGACCACCACUGCCCAUGGUUCAACAACUGCGUCUGCUUCAGCACGUACAAGUUCUUUCUGCUCACGAUAUUCUACGUGGUCGUACUGAGUGUGUUCGGACUGCUGAGCGCAACGCACCACGUCGCCGGAGCGUGGACGAACCACGCCGCCUCCGACGUCACGCUGCACGCGACCUUCCUGUACGUGUUCGGCGUAGUGCUGUCGCUAUCGCUGGGCUCCUUCCUCUACAUGCACAUCACCAUGGUCUGCAGCAACGUCACCACUCUCGAGGACCUGCGGCCGCACCCGUUUAAGGAUAGGAGAGACUCCUUCGACGUGGGCUUUUGCAACAACAUCGCUGAGGUGUUCGGCCACCGCAAGGCCCUCUGGUUUCUUCCUGUCUUCACGGCGCUUGGAGACGGGGCCCGGUUCCCGACACGACUGCAUCCGGACCGAAACGCGUAUGCUCCUCCACUUGCGUCGGUGGUAGUCGAGUCGCCGAGGCCUUCCGAGACGGUUGCUCCGGUGCCCGCGGUAACCGCAGCUGCAACGCCUCCGGUCGUGGGUCUUCAUUCGUGCCGUUAUCCGGUUCCAUCCAGCGAGUCGGUGGCCCAGACGUCUUCGACGCCUCCGCCCCGCCCGCCACGUCCUGUCGGACGUCGCGGCCGCUUGCCCCCAUUGGCCAUCACCAUUGUGCCGAGCAGUGAGACGCCCGCGUCACAGCUUCACUCGACGGACAAGAAGGACGUAACAACAUCGGUGCCGCCACCGACGACAAUGUCGUCGGCGGAGGUGCGAUGA